UCAAGUUGCCUUUGGACUCGACAUAAUUAUGACCACAGCGUCUUGGCUCACCUACUGUACUGUGUGUUUGUUGGUGUGACAGACUAACCUUUUUAAAUAUGUGUCAGAGUCUUCGUGAGAGUCUCCCGCUCUGUUCUGUCCUUUUCAACGUUGCCUGAAUGCUCGUAGAUGUGUUUGUCUCGUUCGGUGUUUUUGUCUGUGUGUCGCUCUGUGUUUGCGCGUUGUUGUCUGUGCUCCCUGGUCUGAUUGCACCGGUGUCUGACAGCCCCUGUCCUGUACUUACACAGCAUAAGCUGAAAUCUUCGCAGAGGGACAAGGUACGGCAGUUCAUGUCCUUCACACAGGCUGGGGAGAAGACAGCUGUGUACUGCCUCACGCAGAAUGACUGGAAACUAGAAGUGGCGACCGACAACUACUUUCAGAACCCAGAUCUGUACUGUAAGGAAUCCAUGAAAACCUCAGUGGACCGGAAAAAGCUGGAGCAGCUCUACAAUCGCUAUAAAGAUCCACAGGAUGAGAAUAAGAUUGGUAUUGACGGGAUCCAGCAGUUUUGUGACGACCUCACACUGGAUCCAGCCAGCAUCACCGUGCUGGUCGUUGCAUGGAAGUUUCGUGCUGCCACUCAGUGCGAGUUCUCCAAGAAGGAGUUUGUGGAUGGAAUGACGGAGCUGGGGUGUGACAGCCCAGAAAAACUGAAGGCCAUGUUGCCAAGAUUAGAGCAGGAGCUAAAAGAUACUGGAAAGUUCAAGGACUUCUACCAGUUCACCUUUAAUUUUGCCAAAAAUCCUGGACAGAAGGGUUUAGACUUGGAGAUGGCUGUAGCCUACUGGAACCUGGUUCUCUCAGGACGAUUUAAGUUCCUCGAUCUUUGGAAUAGAUUUCUUCUGGAACACCAUAAACGAUCCAUCCCGAAGGACACGUGGAACCUAUUGUUGGACUUCGGUAACAUGAUUGCAGAUGAUAUGUCAAAUUAUGAUGAGGAAGGAGCGUGGCCAGUUCUUAUAGAUGAUUUUGUGGAAUUCGCUCGACCGAUUGUAACAGGAACAAAACGUAAAACUCUCUAAAUCCAACCACAACUCUGGACAGCCAGAACGUUGUUUCUUUUACAGUGACUUCAUAGUUUU